CACACCAUGAUCAGGAUCCUGCUGUUAUCCGCAUUGGUGGCUGGAGCUCUCAGCUGCGGGUUCCCCACUUACGAGGCCCAGCACGAUGUGAGCAGGGUAGUUGGGGGCCAAGAAGCCACCCCCAAUGCCUGGCCCUGGCAGGUCUCCCUGCAGUACCAGUCCGCGGGGAAGUGGUACCACACCUGCGGAGGCUCCCUGGUGGCCAACAACUGGGUUCUGACAGCUGCCCAUUGCAUCAGUAGUUCCAGGACCUACCGUGUGGUGCUCGGCCGGCACAGCCUCUCCACCUCGGAAUCUGGCUCACUGACUGUUCAGGUCUCCAAGCUUGUGGUCCAUGAGAAUUGGAAUGCCGACAAGAUCGCCAACGGGAAUGACAUUGCCCUGAUCAAACUGGCCAGCCCAGUGACCCUGACCAGCAAGAUCCAGACAGCUUGCCUCCCAUCUGCGGGCACCAUUCUUCCCAACAACUACCCCUGUUACGUCACAGGCUGGGGCCGGCUGCAGACCAACGGGGCCUCUCCCGACGUCCUGCAGCAGGGCCGCCUGCUGGUUGUGGACUAUGCCACCUGCUCCAGCGCCAGCUGGUGGGGAAGCUCUGUGAAGACAACCAUGGUGUGCGCUGGUGGCGAUGGUGUGACCUCCAGCUGCAAUGGGGACUCCGGUGGACCACUGAAUUGCCAGGCAUCUAACGGCCAGUGGCAGGUGCAUGGCAUCGUGAGCUUUGGCUCUACUCUGGGCUGCAACUACCCCCGCAAGCCAUCUGUCUUCACCAGGGUCUCCAACUACAUCGACUGGAUCAACUCGGUGAUUCAAAAGUACUAAGCAAAGAUGGCCCUGGGACUGCCACCUUGGAAAUGUCACACAAGGAAAGCAGUAAUAAAGUGACUAUAUGACUCACACCCUGGUACGAGUCUGUCUUAUUAUUAACCAGACACCCGAACCUCAGGGCCCUGGAAACAAAGCCUGUGGAGGAGCCUGGUGUGGUGGUGCACGCUGUAAUCCCAGUGCUCAGGAGGAGUCAGGAUGGAGAUUUUGAGGCCAGCCUAGGCUACAAAGUCAGAACCCAGCUCAAAAAUAAACAAGGCUUGGCACCUCUACCGUCUGAGCUCAAAUGGAUGUUCAUAAAGCAAAGAUACCGAAACCAGAAAAAAAA